GCUGAAGGAUGGGGUGGGGGGCAGUGAGUGGCUUGUGGAGGGGGUGGGCAUUUUAGCCUCAGGACCUAAGGUCCAGGAAGUCCUGGACGUGGUUUCUGGGCCCAGCCCCGGGGACUGUGGGCUGCGGGUCGGGCUGUGCCCCAGAACCCACGCGUUCAGUUCCCUCUCCAGCUCCGAUGGGAGGGUCUGGCCUGGCAAAGCCGGUGAGGUGGGCCUGGAGGAGACCUUCUUGGAAGAUGGUGUCAGGGAAGGUUUCCUGAUGGAAGCAGCUGUCUGUGUCUGCAGAAGUAGCUGCAGCCUGGCACAAAGACGGCUCUGGCCAUGGGAGCGGCCUGGUGACAUUUCCUUUUUGACAGCCCUGGGGUCACCUCCUGGGGAAAGCUUCCCUGACUAAGCUACUGGGCCCCAGCACAUCCCACAGGGCUCUCAUGGGUUUCUGUGUCUGCUCCUGGGGGCUAGGCACCCCCCAGGGCUUCCUGAGCCUCCUUUUCGCCCCCAGCUCUGCUGCCGCCAAGAUGCCGUCGCCUCAGACAGUGGCCUCUGGGCCGGAGCUGCACAGCCCCAGGGAGCCUGCGGGACCCCGGAUCCCAGCUCAGGGCACUCGGAAGGCAAGCAGUGAGGAUACGUCCAGCGCCCAUCGUGAGGGCUUGAGGCCUGGCCUGGGCACCCUUCGGCGGGCCUUCUCAAAGGCAAGCCAGCGGGCUUCGGGCUGCGCCCCCCAGGAGGACCCAGGCCUGCUCAGGCGCAGCUCCCGCCUCUUGUUCCGGUCUUUACGGCGUGCUCGGGACGAGGGCCCGGCUGCUGACCAGACCCAGGCUACCACUGGGCCAGGGGUGGCCCAUGGCCGGGAGGCGUCCUCAAGGGCCAUGGACGGUGUCAGCCCGCAGUCAUCCACUGGGGCGGGGCCUGCGGAACUAGAAGACAAAUCUGUGGCUGACCUCAUCACGGAGCGGAAACUGCUGGCGGCCUUCGAGCAGCUGCGGCACCUCGAGACUCAGCUAGUGGCCGAGAAAGCCUCGCGCACCUUCGAGCAGGACCCCACGGGCUUUGCGCGGCGCGCCAUGGACCUGUGCCUGCACUACGACGGGCUGGCUGCGGAGAUCGGCGCCAUCGUGCUCGAGACCCUGGGCCCGGACGGCGUGGACGCGGCCGUGCUCGCGGAGCUGGCCCGCGUGGUGCGCGCGGAAGAGGAGGCCCACCCAGAGCCCCCUGCAGACGGCGACUUUCUGUGCACGCCGCGCCACUGGCGCCAGCACUGGGAGGACGCGGUGCGCCGGAGCGCGCGUGAGCGCGUGCAGCAGGUGAGCGCAGGGGAGGCCCCGGGGGCAGCCGAGGGUGCCUCCGGCUUGGCCCAGCUUCUGGCCGAGCUCGGCCGCUUGGUUCGCCGCGACCUGCAGAAGGUGCAGCUGGAGGUGCACCCGGCUUACGCGGCCGCCGGCUAUCCCGCGUGGGAGGCCUACCUGCGCGCCUUCCACGGCGCAGUGGCCCAGCGCCUCCAGGAGCUGGCGCACGACGCCCAUGGCUGCGAGCAGCUCUACGUCCUGCUGGACUGGGCCUCCAAUGUCUACAGCAGUCCUGAUUUCCUGGGCUCCCAGGACCUGGCUCUGCCCUCGGAGCCGCUGCCCCCACUCCUGGCACCCGAUGUGUGGGCCCGACUCGAGAGCGACUACACCAGCUUCCUGGAGACCAAGAUCGCGAGCUGCUUCGAUGGCAUCCUGCAGGUAGAACAGAGUCGCUGGGUGGCUGCCGAGGCCCCCGACGUGCUGCAGGGCCACUACCAUACGCCACUGUCCAUCGACGUACACAUGCUCGUGGCAGAGCACGUGAAGGCAGCUGGCGCCAUCUCCGCGGAGCUGGAGGCCACCACCUUGCAGAUCUGCACGCGGGCCCUUGGCCUCUUCCUGCCCAGGUUUGAAAAGGCUUUCCUGGAGUCGGGGGCGGUGAGCGAGCCUAACCUGUGCGCCAACAUCAAUGCCUGCGAGGAGUUCAGAACUCAUCUUCUGGCCAGGUUCCCAGGAAGUCUUGAAGAGCUGGAGAAGCCCCUGGUGGCUGCCACCUGCGCCUUUCAGAAGCGGCUGCUCCAGGGCUUGCAGGGUGAUGUGCAGCCGCUCUUCAAGGUCCUGUGCACCAAGGCCUGGCUGACACAGGACGUGCUGCAGCCCCUCCUGGACAAGGUGGUGGCAUUCGCCGGCCACCUCGAGCAUGUGGUCCCGCCCCGGGCGCAGGUAUGGGGGGGGCGAGCUGUGGUGGGGGCAUGCCCAGGGCCCCUACUGUUGACCCUGACCCAGACUCCCGCUUUGGCCGCCCAGGAGACUCUGCAGGAGGUACACCGUUACGUCGUCCGCGAGUACCUGGCGCAGGCGCUGAGGCCCCGCGAGCGGUUCCGGGGUGUGGAGCGCGUGAGUGGCUCCCAGAAGAUGGGCCUGGACGCCCAGGCCAUUGGCAACACCUUCCAGGGCCUGGGCUCUGAGGCUACUUGGUUGGGCCGAGCUAUCCCGUGCGUGGCGGACAUACUGGGCGAGACUUACAAAGACGACAUCCGGCGGCACCUAGAGACACUCAUCCGGAGCUACCCCGACAUCAGGCGGGACCACGUGCUGGCCAUUCUAGCGCUGCGCCGACUGGGCCACCGUCGGAACCAGCACCUCCUGACGCAUGCCCAGGACCUGCUGAGGGCCGUGGCCGAGGCAGGGGGCCCCGGCGCUGCUGGGGGCCACGUGCUCUUCGAGGAGAUCGAGGUGCCCACCUCCAUGGAUGUGCUAAUCACCUGCAUCUAGUGCUCCUGGGCCUGAGAGGGGCCGACCCCAGGUGGAGGGUUGGCCACCUUCCCCCAGGCACUGAACCCCAAGUCAGGAGCCCAUGGUUGUGGAAUUCCCAUCCUCAGCCACACAUGGCUGGUGACCAGAAUGAACAGCCAUGAGAGGCAUCUCAGGCAUUUGCGGGGGAGGGUUCGGGCGUGUCAGAAGUUCCCAUCGGUACUGCCCACCCAGGAAGGCCUCCCUGCCUAACUGUCCAGCGCCACCCCAGUCUGAAAGUGAAGAACAGAGUAUUUAUUUUUAAAAUAAACAUGAAUGAAAAUGGUGUCUCCCUAAGGAGGGGCAGGCCAAGUUGACUUCAGGCAGGAGGUCUGGGUUCCCAUGCGCCCAGGGUCCAGCCAGAAGUUCCGUGGUGACUCCAUUUGGUGAUGGCUGUUUCCUGCUCACUGUACCAAUGGGGAGACUGAGGCAGGUCUAGAACUGGGAAGGCCCACCCCUGUGGCUGCAGAGCAAGCCAGGCUUUGACCCCGGGCCCCCAGUGCCGCGCGCCUAGUGAGCUUUGCCCAGCGGGGUGAGCGCUGCUCUGCCCCGUUUUAAGCAGGCCUGGGCCCUGGGAGACAAGAAAAGGCCAAGCCUUGUUCUGCAGCUUGAGGUAUUUGGGUUAGUUGUGAGAGGAACUUCCCAGCAGUGAGAGUUGUAUGCUGUGGCAGGGCAGGUGUCAACCUGGAGUGUGUGUAUGAGGGGUUGCCCCUGCAGGUCUUGGCUCUGGCCGUGGCGCUGCAAGGAGAUCACCCCGCUGCGCCCCCGCGCACGCCCCUCCUCAUUCUCCUCUCACAAAAAGUUGGCACUGAAAUUGGGCUCCAGCCUGCAGUUGAGGCUGCUCUGGAACCCAUUUGCGUCUGUAACCUCGGGCUUGCCAGGAAGGCUGAGCUCUGAGAUGGGGAGACUGACAGGAUGCGGCCGGAGGCAGCGAUAGGUGCCUUUCUCCCCAGUCCCUUUUCGGGGUCCCGGGGGGAGCAGGAACAGGUGCCAGCGGCAGCCUGUUCCAUGGGGGCAGCUGGCCAGGGGUGGGGCAGGCCGGGGGCCGAGGGAGUGUCCAGAUCUUCCCAAGUGGGGAAUCCAGCGGGGGUGGGGUGAGCAAGGCAGGAAGGAGGAAGCAGAGAGGAUGGGGCUCCCAGGCUCCGGGAACAGGUGCGGGGGCGGGGUGUGUGAGUGCUGACGCUGACAAGCGGUCCUUGUGUCAGUGGGGAAACUGAGGCCAGUGGAGGGUGGAGGUUGGCACUGCUUCACAACAGGCCCCAGCACUGGUGGCCUGGGAUCCUCACAGCCAGGGAGAGGGGAGGUAUCGGAGGGGCACCUCUUUUCCUAGGGAGGGGCAGGUGAUUGACAGGUCAGCCUGACCCCACAUGUAAGCCCAGGGGCCGGCAGUGGUCUGGGUGAGAGUCUCAGGCCGGGGUGGUGGUGAGGGUAUAGGAAGCCUUGAUCUGGUUUGGUCCUGGCCAGGUUCUCCCCUGGGAGCCCCUGCCACCCCCUCCCACAUUUGAGUCCCAGUCCCCAGGCCCCUCAGGGAGGCCCCCUCCUGCAGGCCCUGUUCCUCGCCCUGACCCUGGCAGGCCUGACCUUGCCUGAGCCCCUUGGCUGCAGGCUGAGGGUCCUGGGGCUGGGUUUCUAAGCCAGGCUGCAGAGGUGGGAGGGGAUUCAGCUCUACCACUUUCCAGCCAGGAGACUGUAGGCAAGUUUCUUCACCUCUCUGUGCCUCAGUUUUUCCAGCUGUGAAAUAGGGGUUCUGUCUGUGCCUCCCAGGCCAGGGAGAGUGAAGUUAAGAGCCUGCUGUAAAGCCAGGCGCUGGCCCCACCGUGACCCCAUGUUCGCAGGUGUCUGGCCAGGCCACCAUCUGCAAGAAAAAGCCGAGAAGAGGCUGGGUGCAGGGGUAGGGGACUCUGUCAGUGAAUCCUGAGGUGGAUGGUGUCAGUGAGUGGGCAAGGCCCCCCAACAGGAGGCUGGGGAGGGGUGUGGGUCUGAGCAGACUCCUCAUGUUGCAGUGGGAAGGAUUUAGGCUGAGACCCAGGCCCAGAGACAGGAAGUCAAGGCUUUCCCGGCAGGAUCCUCCAUGCCCGGUGGGUAUGUGUGCCCUGUGGAUGUGCCUGUGAGCCCAGCAGAGUCUGGGGGCUGGGGUCAGCUUCCCAAGGCCAAGCUGGGGUGAGCAGGAAGCCAGACGGCAGCUUCUAUGGAGGUGCAGCCAGGGAGGCUGCAGACUGGAGGGAGGGCUGAGGCCAGGGGACCCAGGGCUGGCUCAGGUCCAGGGCUCUGGCCAUUGGCUGUUCUGCCCCGGGCUUGGGGGCUGUGCUCAGGACCCCCCUGCCCACCAGGUCCCAUGAGGCCUUGCGAAGGGCCAGAGUGCUUCCGUGGCCAUCCUGUUGUCCAGGCCAAGCAUGGGGGGAGGGGGCUGGCUCUCAGAGCUUCUUCCGGACUUGUGAACCAUGUUGACUGGCUGAUAAGGAAAUGUGUGUGCUUGUGUGCAUGUGUGUGUGUUCAUAUGUGUGUGCGCUCCUGGAAUGUGCCAGCCCCUGUCAGUGCCCGGGCCUUGCCUGGUGUCUGUGCUCCCCUGUGCAGCAGGACAUCCUGUUUGCCCCUAGAUCUCGGGUCCUGGGCCCUACCUCUGACCCCUGGUCGCACCUCUGCCUGGCCACUCCCUCCCCCCGCACGGCCCCUUACUCCUCCCGCUUCGGCUCAGCUUGGCUUCCCCCAGUGCCCAUGUUUCCUGGGGCUCCUUCAUGGACUAAGGGUCACGUCUGGUCUCUGGCCCUGAGCCUGUGGGUCCUUGAUGAGGCUGGAGGGCAGUGAAAGUGUGUGGGGGCCGCCUGCCCAAGGCAGGGUGCUCGGGUCCGAGGACAGGAUGAACCCAGCCUGAUUACCCAAGGACAGCCUGGGGUGACAGGAGGGACCUGGGUGUCCCCCCUAGCUCCACCUGGACUUGUGCCCUCUGUGGCCCUUCGCCCAUGCUUGAGCGUGUUCAGGUCUCAGCACUGCCCUCCCACAGCUGGUGACCUGGGCCCUUUCCCCUCUGAGGCUUGGUCUCCUUAUCUGCGAUGUGGAAGGGAGCGCCCAGUAGGUGAGGGAACUCAGGGGUAGAUGACACCGGCCAAAGAGACCCGGCACCAAGGGCUUGCUGCGAGGCGCAGUCAUCGUGUCACCUCCGUGUCUACACGGCCUCUCCCUCUUCCUUCCUUGCCUGGUGACCCCGGCCCCUUCCUUCCAGGCCCUGGACCACAUGGGGCCCCUAGACACAGGGGCAGCACCCUCAGCGGCUAGGAUGUGGUCCUGGCGGGGCCCCUCAGCACUGCCCUGGCGGGGAGAGGAGCUGCGGGGUCCCCGGGGCCACUCUCCGUCCCCUCCCUUCCUUUGCUACCCCUGAGUCCUUUAGGCAACUCCAGCAGGUCAGAGGCCCCGCCCACCAAGGUCAGUGUCUGCCCACUGUCCAUCCUCGGCCCAGGGGGAGGAGAUGGGAUGGUCCUUCCCCAGCCAGUCGGUGCAGAACACUGGGCAGUGGGCCUGUGCCAGGCACUGCGAUCAGAUGAUCGGAGGGGGCUGCUGACGAGGGCUGAGCCACAGAGCUCCAGGUCUGGGGGAAUCAGGCCCGCUGGGUGACAGCGCAGGGCCCUUUUUGGCGGAGUUGCUGGGAGCCGUCACACCCCCGUGGCUGAGUGCCUCUAGGGACUCAGGGCAGCCUCCCUGGGCCCCUGCUCUAGUGAAAUGCUUGCAGCGGACUGAUACUUCGACAGGUCACACCCACCUCUGGGUCCACUCCUCUCCUGGGACCCAUGGGGUCAUUACAAAACCCUUCAUCCUUCCAGGGAUUCCCAUCCUCUGGGUGCACAUACACCCACCCGCUCAUUAGCGGCUUUUAAAAUGCAUUUGUUGGGACUUCCCUGGUGGUCCAGUGGCUGACUCCGCACUCCCAAUGCAGGGUGCCCGGGUUCGAUCCCUGGUCAGGGAACUAGACCCCACAGGCAGGCUGCAACUAAGAGUCCACAUGCCGCAACUAAAGAUCCCAUGUGCCACAGCUAAGGCCCGACCCGGUGCAGCCGAAUGUUUAAUAAAUAAAUGAAUGUUUAAAAAAAUAAAAAUAAUAAAAUGCAUUUGUUAAAUGUUUUCUUUCUUUUUUUUUUUUGCAGUA